CCAAUACACGACAACAUCAUCGUACAAACAAAUUAAAAGGCCAGCUGCUGUUUUUUUCUCCGAACUCUACUCUUUUCAGCCAUGGGAGAAGUGGAUCCUUCCUUCAUUCAACCCCUGGAGCACAGGCCUAAACCCUACCCCAUCGAAGCCGAUAACAUCCCGGUAAUCGACCUCUCUCCGCUGAAAGCUCCACUGCCGCCGCCGCCCGAUUUAGUGGCGGAGAUAGGCGGCGCGUGCCGGAAGUGGGGAUUUUUUCAAGUGAUCAAUCACGGUGUUCCGUCAAAACUCCGGGAAAGUAUCGAAUCAGCUUCCAGGGAAUUCUUUGCAUUGCCUCAAGAGGAGAAGUUGAAGGUGGGGAGGGAUAAGGGCAACCCUUUCGGGUAUUAUGACAGCGAGCACACGAAGAACGUAAGGGAUUGGAAACAAGUUUUCGAUUUUGCGGUUGUUGAUCCGAUCGUUUUUCCGUCUUCGCACGAACCUGAUGAUGUUCACCUGAUUGAAUUGUGCAAUAAGUGGCCUCCUAAUCGUCCUCAAUUCAGGGAGGCAUGUGAAGAGCACACUGGAGAAAUGGAGAAACUAGCUUUCAAGUUACUCGAGCUUAUAGCCUUGAGUUUGGGCUUACCGAAAGAUAGGCUUAUAAAUGGAUUCUUCGAGAAUCAAACAAGUAGAGUGAGGCUCAACUACUAUCCACCGUGUCCCGCUCCUCAUCUAGCUCUUGGUGUCGGUAGGCACAAAGAUACCGGUGUAUUAACUAUUCUCGCUCAAGACGAUGUUGCUGGACUUGAAGUCAAGAGAAAAACCGAUGGAGAAUGGAUUCUUGUCAAACCUAAUCCCGAUGCGUAUAUUGUCAACGUAGGCGAUAUAAUCCAGGUUUGGAGCAACGAUAAGUACGAGAGCGUAGAACACAGAGCAGUUGUGAACUCUGAGAAGGAAAGGCUUUCGAUUCCUUAUUUCUUGUAUCCGUCACAUUAUACAUGGAUUGAGCCAUUGGAGGAGCUAAUAAAUGUGGAGAAUACUGCCAAAUUCAAGGCCUAUAACUGGGGCAAGUUUCGUGCUACACGAAAUAGGGGUAAUUUCGACAAACUUGAUGUCGAAAACAUUCAAAUAUCUCAUUUCAGGAUUUGAAGUGCUUGUUUUGUAUGUACAUGACUACAUUUACUCUGUAUCAGUAUUCGUUUGUAUCUAAUAAUUCUUGGACUUGAUCCUAUCAUCAGUUGCGUUGGAUUUUAUCGAUUCGAAAUAUUAAUCCAAUCCAUCGUGAUAAAUUAAAUUCAAAUGUGUUUCUAGAUUAUGGAUGACAACACAUUAUAAAAUAAAACAUAAUUAAAAUAAAACUAGAUAGGCUUUGGGGUUUAAUGGGCAAAAACAAUACCUUCUCCGAUCGGUGGGCUUAGCUCUCGAGACAUGCUCAAUUGUAAAAAAGAGUGCCGAAAAGUAUUUUCCCUACGUUAGCACUCUGAUGGUUAAGUUAGUUGGAAUGUAAUAAUUACAGGAAAAGAAUAAGUAGUUGUAUGAAAAUAUAUAUGUAUUAAUCCAAAAAUGGCAACCU